AUGGGCUCUCAGCCGACUACACGACCAAAUUUUCUGGUCAUCGUCGCAGAUGAUUUCGGCUUCAGCGACUGCGGCUGCUAUGGCUCUGAAAUCUCGACGCCGAAUAUUGAUUGUCUGGCCUCGGAAGCUGGAGGCAUUCGCUUCACAGAGUUUCAUGUCGCUGCAGCGUGUAGUCCCACGAGAUCCAUGCUCAUGACAGGCACAGAUCACCAUAUCGCUGGGCUAGGUCAACUCCAAGAGAUUACCAGAAGUUCGCCUGCUCAUAGGGGAAAACCUGGCCAUGAAGGUUAUCUCAACGAGAGGGUUGUUGCACUUCCUGAAUUAUUGAGUGAUGGAGGCUAUUUCACUUGCAUGAGUGGCAAGUGGCAUCUGGGGCUCAAGCCAGAGCAUCAUCCGAAUAAGAGGGGUUUCAAGAAGAGUUUGGCUCUACUACCUGGAUGUGCGAACCAUUACGCGUAUGAGCCUGAGUAUCAAGAUCCCAAGUCCGAGCCAGGGAAGUUCUUCGAGACAGCUGUACGAGCCCUGCAUGCUGAGGACGGAAAGUUCCUCGCCGAGAGCGAGCUUGGCCCUAACUGGUACUCUUCCGAUGGCUACACCGACAAGCUUCUGAGCUACCUGUCUGAACGAAGUGAAGAGGAACGCCAACAGCCUUUCUUCGCGUAUCUCCCCUACUCAGCGCCGCACUGGCCACUCCAGGCUCCCAAGGAAUCUUGCGACAAGUAUCGUGGCUUCUACGAUGACGGACCUGAAGCCCUUCGUCAGAAGCGUCUCCAGAGGCUCAAAGAUCUGGGCCUGAUCGACAAAUCCGUUGUGGCUCAUCCAGUUACGACUGUUGCCGGUGAGCCUGCCGAGUGGGAUCAGCUCGAUGACGAAACAAGGGCUGCGAGUGCGCGUGCUAUGGAGGUUUACGCCGGCAUGGUUGAUCGUAUGGAUUGGAACAUUGGCCGGGUAAUUCGAUAUCUCAAGGACAAGAAUGAGUAUGACAACACGGUCGUUUUGUUUAUGAGUGAUAAUGGUGCUGAGGGAGCAAGCUACGAAGCUUUUCCCCUCGUUGGAACUACCAUCAUGGACCACGUACAUAAAUACUACGACAACAGUCUGGGGAAUAUUGGUCGUGGAAACUCUUUCGUUUGGUAUGGUUCGAGGUGGGCUCAGGCGGCUACAGCACCUUCGAGGUUAUACAAGAUGUUUUCCACGGAGGGCGGCUGUCGAGUACCCCUUGUCGUCAAGCCUACGGCAGAAACCGCGUCAAAGGCAAACGGCAGUGUCGUGACGGAUGCUUUCUGCACGGUCAUGGAUAUUGUUCCUACCAUUCUGGAAUAUGCUGGUCUGAGCCAUCCUGAUACCUACGCCGGAAGACCAGUCAUGCCUCUCCGUGGCAAAAGUUGGAAAUCUUUCCUGGAUCAGCUAGACAAGAUUUCGCGAUCUUCACCUAUCCACGAUAAAGAUUAUGUCGCAGGCUUCGAAGUCGCAGGUUCAGGCGCUCUUCGUCGUGGUGACUGGAAGAUCACCUACGUCCCAAAGCCAAAGGGCCCUCAACGAUGGGAGUUAUUCAACAUCAAGAACGAUCCUGGCGAGACGAAUGAUUUGGCAGAGUCUCAACCUGAGUUGAUGGCGGAAAUGCUAGAGCUCUGGGAGGAGUACAAGGCUGAGGUUGGCGUGGUAGGCUUAGCAGGUGAGUUUCCGGGUAUGGCUGGUAAACAGGGAGCUCAGCAAGAUACGAUCAAGGACGAGAUGGAGGAUCCGUAUUCUUGGAUCAAGUAUAUCAAGAGACCUGAGAUUACACCAAAGGAGUUGGUAGGUAUUGUUCCAGUCUAG